AUGCCGCUGAAGCAGAUCAUCUUCUUCCGGCUCAUUAAGCAGCUCUCAGAGGUGUAUGUCAGCAUGACCAUCGAGGACUUCGAGAAAGCGGCCUCCAUUGUGCCCUUCAGCAUCGCGGAGACCUGGAUGGCCAACGCCUCCCGGCAACAGGGCAUCAGCAUCCAGAUCAACUACAUGCAGAAGGCCAUCAUCUUUGGGGCUGCCACUAAAGUGGACAUGCUUCGGCCUCAGGCUGUGCGGACACUGUUCAGUGGCACCAGUGGCACCGAGUUUGCUUGGUGGAUUUCCCCCUUUUUUUCCUCCCCUUCUUGA